CACUCCUUCAAAGCUACACUACAAAGAAACAAAGAAGAAGAUGGCUUCUGUCCCUGGAAUUCUUACUGAUUGGCCAUGGACAGCUCUUGGAAGCUUCAAGUACGUGGUCUUGGCUCCAUGGGUCAUCCACAGCACCUGGUUGUUUGUGGCCAACGAUGGAAAAGAAAGAGACAUUUCAUACUUCCUCAUACUUGCAGUUGUGUUGUGGAGGAUCCUCCACAACCAGAUAUGGAUCUCUCUGUCUCGAUACCGAACUGCCAAAGGCAAUGGCCGGAUCCUUGACAAGGGUCUCGAAUUCGAACAGGUCGACAGAGAAAACAAUUGGGAUGACCAAAUAUUGUUCAAUGCACUCCUAUUCUACACAGGGAGCAGGUAUCUGCCUGGUGGUCAACACGUACCGUAUUGGAGGGCAGAGGGACUUCUUUUGACCAUUGUGCUUCAUUCUGGUCCUGUGGAGUUCCUGUAUUAUUGGUUUCACAGAGCACUUCACCAUCAUUACCUUUACUCUCGCUACCAUUCUCAUCACCAUUCCUCAAUCGUUACUCAGCCAAUUACUUCUGUGAUUCAUCCAUUUGCGGAGCAUAUAGUAUAUUCUGCGCUCUUCUUUAUACCAAUUUUGGGAACUAUGUUGACCAGAACUAUGUCUGUGGUAUCUUUUACUGCGUAUAUUACUUACAUUGACUUCAUGAACAACAUGGGGCACUGCAAUUUCGAGCUCAUUCCAAACUGGCUCUUUUCUCUAUUUCCUCCUCUCAAGUAUCUUAUGUAUACACCCUCGUACCACUCCUUGCAUCACACACAAUUCCGAACCAAUUACUCACUUUUUAUGCCAAUCUACGACUACAUAUAUAGAACCAUGGACAAAUCUUCGGAUGCUCUCUACGAAACUUCACUCAAGAGAGAGGAAGAAACACCAGAUGUCCUUCAUCUAACCCAUCUAACAACACCUGAGUCCAUCUAUCAUCUACCGCUAGGAUUUGCUUCCCUGGCCUCUAGGCCCUACACAUCAAACUGGUACCUGUGGUUGAUGUGGCCUAUGACAUUGUGGUCUAUGAUUUUAACUUGGAUCUAUGGCCGUACAUUCGUGGUUGACAGGCACCGUUUUGAUAAUCUAAAAUUACAAACUUGGGCUAUACCAAAGUACAGUUUGCAAUACUACUUGCAAUGGCAAAAUGAAGCUAUCAACAGUCUGAUUGAGGAAGCCAUAAUUCAAGCAGAAGAAAAAGGUGUCAAAGUCUUAUGUCUGGGUCUCUUAAAUCAGGGUGAGGAGCUGAAUAGAUAUGGUGGUCUAUAUGUUCACAAGCAUCCUCAUCUCAAACUCAGGGUUGUGGAUGGAAGUAGCUUAGCUGUGGCCAUAACCCUAAACGCCAUUCCAAAAGGGACCACCCAAGUUCUUCUUAGAGGCAACCUCACAAAGGUUGCUUAUGCCAUUGCUUUUGCUUUGUGCCAGAAGGGUAUCCAGGUAGCUACAUUACACAAGGAUGAGUAUUUGAAGCUCACCAAAUCAUUCAGUGGCACUGAAAGUAGCUUGGUUGUUGCAAAAAGCUAUGCACAUAAGAUUUGGUUAGUGGGUGAUGGGUUGAGUGAAGAAGAACAACUGAGAGCACCAAAAGGAACAUUAUUUGUUCCCUUCUCCCACUUCCCACCCAAAAAACUGCGCAAAGAUUGCUUCUACCACUACCCACCAGCAAUGAAGACUCCCACAUCUCUUGAGAAUAUUCAUGCUUGUGAGAAUUGGUUGCCAAGAAGGGUGAUGAGUGCGUGGCGCAUAGCAGGCAUAGUGCAUGCCUUGGAAGGUUGGAAGGAGCAUGAGUGUGGCUACACAAUGUCCAAUAUUGACAAAGUUUGGCAAGCAACUCUUCAACAUGGCUUUCAGCCUCUCAUCAUUUCUACAACUAAUCACACCAAAAAUUAGUCGAUCGCCUUCAUAAAAACAUUAAGUAAUUACAUGCACCUUCUUCUUUAUUAUAUGCAAUCCAUCAGGGGUGGAGCCACAUUGGGACCAGUGUGGUCCCGGGCCCCCACUCAAGUGUUUUUAUAUUUUAAAAGUAAUAUACUGUUAUGUAUUUUUAUAUGUAUAUUAUUUCAAAUACUUUACGUUUU